AUGUGUAGCCGCAAACGUGGCAAGAAGGAGCCCCUGAAGCAGCCCAAGAAGCAGGCCAAGGAGAUAGACAAGGAAGACAAGGCAAUUAAACAGAAGCAAAAAGAAGAGCAGAAGAAACUUGAGGCAGUAAAAGUGAAGGCCACAGGGAAGGGCCCCCUGGCCACAGAUGGAAUGAAGAAAUAUGGCAAAAAGUGA